AAAGAGAUUUUGAGAGUGGUGGUUGCUGUUGGACAAUAGAGAUCUACUGAUUUCAUCCUCUCUCAUCGGCCGAUCUUCGAUUAACGGAGAUGGGGCUGUCUUUCACUAAACUCUUUAGUCGCCUCUUUGCAAAGAAAGAAAUGCGAAUUCUUAUGGUUGGUCUCGAUGCUGCUGGUAAAACCACAAUUCUGUACAAGCUCAAGUUGGGAGAAAUUGUUACCACUAUCCCAACCAUUGGCUUCAAUGUGGAGACUGUUGAAUACAAAAACAUCAGCUUUACUGUGUGGGAUGUUGGUGGUCAGGACAAGAUUAGACCUCUAUGGAGGCACUAUUUCCAGAACACACAGGGCCUCAUCUUUGUGGUUGAUAGCAAUGACAGAGACCGUGUAGUUGAGGCAAGGGAUGAGCUUCACAGGAUGUUAAAUGAGGAUGAAUUAAGAGAAGCUGUGUUGCUUGUUUUUGCGAACAAGCAAGAUCUUCCAAAUGCAAUGAAUGCGGCUGAAAUCACCGACAAGCUUGGCCUUCAUUCUCUCAGACAACGACACUGGUAUAUCCAGAGUACAUGUGCUACUUCUGGAGAAGGGCUUUAUGAGGGACUGGAUUGGCUUUCAAACAACAUCGCCAGCAAGGCCUAAUGCAAUAAUGUUGUACUAUGCUUCUUGCGUUGCUAUAUCCGGAGAAAUAAACAUCAUUGUCUCAUCGUAAUUUCUUUCGUUUGGAGAUUUUAAAUAUCUGUUCAGCUCACAAUUCUGGGGAAGGCCUUACCCUUCUUCACUCUCUAUGGUUUAUCGUCAAAGAGCAUGGAAUAGUUUCCACAUUGCUGGAUGCACAUUGGCAAUGUAAUGAUAUUUUAGUAUAAUAUCUGGUUUUGAAA